GAAGCACUGGUGUGGAUCAUCACGAAGAUCCUCAUCAGGGACAGAGCAGGUCGAAGUCCGUUUGAAGCCCUAGACGAGUUUGGGUGCGGCGCCCCUCAGUGCCCAUAGCGGGUAUUCAUACAGUCUGACAACCGGGAGGGUUUGGGGUCUCCCUCUAUGCCCAGAGCGUGCGCCCCUUCACUUUCAUAAACGGUGUCCCUAAUGUAUUGACCGGCUCUGACUGUAAUCACCAUUCCAGAUUUGUUCGUGUUGCGGCCGCUUGCAAAAUCCCACCCUGGGUACCUGCCCAGGUCGCCCAUUGCAAUAAUUCGGCACUGAUCAAAAAUAACAGGAAUGCCACUUUAUUCGCUACUACUACUACAUUACUACUUUUAAAAGAUUUGGAUUCAUUUGCCGCUGCUGCUCUAACCACGUGUGAAGCGAGGUCAAAUUAAAAGCAAUUUUUUGGCGAUCUACUAAAAUCUAAGUUAGUUGUGCUGUCGUAGACAUAAAAACAAAUGUUAUGCACAGGUUGCAUUUUAAAUCGCACUUUACUGGAUUUAUAUUACGGUAGCCAGCAGGGAGCGCUGUGGUGCAGCUGUCAGCGAAGAUUCGAGCUUCUCAAGCAAAGGGGGUUGGUCAGGCGAAAUGGGCGGGGCUAAACGUUUGAGUGGCAGCAACCUGUCCGGCCGGGAAGACGAGCGCGUUCUUCAGAGGACUCGCACUCGACACGGCGGAGACUUGAACAGCAAAGUCAAAGCAGCGCCUGCCGUGGUCUCCGCGAUGCUGAAGUGCCGAUCCCGUAAAUCCCAACAGAGUUCACAGGGUAGCACAACUUUAGCGUUGCUCUGUGGCUAUCGAGGUCUGGUCUACAGCAGGCAGUUAUCCACCGUUAAUUAAUGUUUCUUUUUUUUUUUUUGUCGCUGAACGGAAUGCCAUUUUCAUGCCCUCUCUACGGAGUCAUGUAUGUACGUGAGCACCAUCUUCUGGUCAAACUAGAGAUUGCAUCUGUUCCCCUCUGCGUUACCUUUUCUUGUGACGUCAUUCUUUUUAACCAUUGUAUUGUCAAGCUCUUGUAACCUUCUCCAUUUAAAGGAAGGCUCAGUCAUGUACCCCUUCACUUUUCUACUUCUUCUUGGGCUCCUACAUCUUGGACGCCCAGCCAGAGGCUGCCUGCAGUGUGACCGGUCCAUCACCCAGGUGCACGGGGACUUCUUAGAGGAGCACACAGGCAGGCCAGAACUCAAGAAGGUUAUUGAUGGCACCUACGAGGACUUCAAGAAGGCCAGCUCGAUCUCUCAUGAUGUAGUAGACUCGAGCACUCUUUAUCGUAUGCGGACAGAAUACGAGAGCGAAUUCCAAAAGUUUGCAGGCAGCAAGCUGCAAGGUCCUGAGGUCCUGUUUGAGCUCAUCAAUAUCAUGGAGAAGGGGAAGGAAAUUCUGCAGAAGCACCUGGUCGAGUUUGUCAAGACAGGAUUCUGCCCUAACAAGUGCGGAGUCAUGUACCAGGAGGUGGUCAACUGCAAGUCGUGCGACAUGACUGUCCAAUACUGUCCAACACCUGAGGCCAACAGGCUGUGUGGAGAGUUCACCCUGCAGGUGAUGGAGGGGGAAGAGAUAGUAAUAGACUGCUUCCUGCCUUGGCACAGCCUUGCCCGGAGCAAGAAGGAAUACCAGUUCUCCCGAGCGCUAAAACUGAAGACCCGCCAAAAUGAAGACUUUCAAGUGUUUGCGGUCACCAAAGAGCCACGACUUGUGCUCAAUCAGGUGACCAAAGAAGAUGAAAAGGAGUAUCGGUGUCUUCUGUUGUCUAUAAAUGACACUGUCUUGACUACCAUGUUCUAUGAAGUCAAAGUGCAGCACCAGCAGAACCCGACCCACCAAACCAUACGGACUGUACCUACGCUGCCCCCUGAUGAAGAGACAAGGCCUCCUCGAGCACGGCUGAGCCUCCAGCUUGAUAACGCUGUCCCUGUCAUCAUUGGAGUGAUAGUCAUGGCAGCACUGGUGUCCGGCUGCUGCUUGUCGUCCUUCAUUAAUCAUCUGCGGCACCAUAAGGCAGCUGGUAGCGAUCAGACAGAUGAUGAGCUGCGGGAGGUGGCGGAUGAUGUGUAAUGGCAGGCUGGUGAAGAGUCCACGCAUUGGAAAUGCUCUUUGCGGGUACCAUCUCUGGCAACUUGGAAAAAGCCAGCCAGAUGCCUGGCUUUACCUUGUUGGGUCUGCAGACAUAUUCCCACGGCGCUAAGCGGAGCAGAAAACCGCUGGCAGACAUCUCUGUUUAAAUGCCACAACAUCAUCAUAAAACCAGCGACUAUUUCCAGGGUGAAUGCAAGAAUACUAUUCCAUGUGAAAGGAAAAAGAAAUAAUUCAAACCUUGAUGGAACAAUCUAACACCUAGAACACUAUCCUUUUUUGUAGAGGUUUAAACAUGUAUGACCUAACUUAGCAACCCUUAAACACAAACUCUACAAGAGAAGGUUACUUAAAACCUGUCUCAAAAAUGUGAUUCAAUCAUUGUGGGAUUAAUGUGAACCCCCUCCCCUCUUCUUCUGGAAUUAAUAGGUCAAGUAGGAAAAUAAAACAAACCACAUACAGUAGUACAGUUCAUUAUUCACGCCACUGAGGUCUGGGCAGAGCCCCAUUAACGUAGGAGCAGUUUUGUAUUUUCUUCUAAUUUCAAAUCAUUUUUAUAUUCAUGAAUAUUUGUGUAAACUUUCUCAAGACUCUCUCAGAUGUUGUUGAAUUUACCAAUUAAAGACUAAGGAUGGUCUCUGAGGGGUUGGAACCUUCCCCAGGGCUGUUUUCUGCUUUGGGCUGUUGGGAUAGUCUCUGGUCCUUGCAGCUCUGAAUUGAAUUAAGCAGGUUUAAGUAUGUUAUGUUAAGGCAGGAGACGGCUAAUAAAAUUCUAAUAACCAGGCCAGUCAGGAUUGCAAGUUUGAUUAUUUAAUCUACCAGAGGUUUCCUGUUUAUCUUAUCCCAUUGGUCCUGCAGUGCCCAGGAUAAACAAUCUGAAUUUACAUGGUAAACCUAGCACUUGGGCCUAUACAUUUUCCCUAGUGCUUUGUGAAAUACUAACACGAGUAGGUAUUAUAUUUCACAGUGUGUUUUACAGUGUCAGUAUGUCUGUAUUUUUCAGCCAUGAUGGCUAACUGGAACAGAUAAAUAUUCAGGCCCUAUCAAAAAAAGGACUUAAUCAACUAACCCUCAGUUUCGUUGCCACUUUGCGCCUUACCUUAAAAAGUCUGAAUGUUGACCGUAAAAAUACAUCACUUAAACCAAAAUGUCCUGAGGUUUUUCAGUUAAGAAAGAGAAGUUUUGAAGCAAGGUAGUUUUGCACACUAUUCAUGCUGCUAGAGAGUAGAGGUAUGUUGAUUAGCCCUCGCAAGUAAGAAUUGCACUGUACUCUGUACAUGUGACAAUUGUGACGCUAUACACCUAUUGCACUUAUAAGCACAUCUCUACCUUGAAAAUGACCUUGGUACGUUGCCUGCUUCGCUGUCAUUACCUACUGGAUGUUUGCCACAAAUCUUUUGAUAAUGAACCAGGCAUGUGACCUUACAGCAAACCUGCUACAUUUGCAAAUUAUUUCAGUUGCUAGUGUUUUAUAGAUCCCAGCUUCGACUGACCCUUGCACCCCUGUCCUGCUGGCAUUCUGAAAGGUUCUCCUGUUUUAUAAUGUAUGUCCUAUGCCUGGAGACUGAUCUAACCUUGGGGCCUAAGCCAAGUACAUCCAUUAGUUUGAAUUCUUGUAUUAAAAAAGAAAACCUAUAACAUCUUUUUUUUUUUUCUGGAGGGAAACAGCUUCACUUUUAAGUUAGAAAAGGUCAAGUUUCACACUUUGAGGACGUUCAAACUGUGGCUUUUUAAAUGUUGCAACAAGUACAUUCAAUUACAUCACUUUGAAAGAAGGAUGCAGUGCUGCAUUCCACAAUUGUCUGGGUAUACUUUGAGUGAAAGGCUGUCAGUUUGGUACCCACAUUGGAACUGGCAUCCAUGUUUUGUCCCUUUUUAUAAUUAUGGGUAAAGACAAUGCUUUUUAACUUUAAUGACAUGAACCACGUCAUCUUGAUAGGCUUAUUUCAAGUACUAGAACUAUUCAUUUUUUUCAUAUAAUGUGAAAAGCACAUACUACAUUUGCAUUUAAUUUGUCUUUCUGUCCACGUGAAACAACUCUUGCUUCCGCUGAACUGAUUUUAAUGAAAUUUCGCACAAUUAUUCUUCAGGAAAAUUUGUCAGGAAAGUUUAAUUUUCAUUAAAAUAUUUUUAAUAGAGUGAAAUGUAAAAAUCAGUACAUUUUAAAUUCAACUAUAAAGAGCACUGGAGUUCUGAGGAGAUGUCCAAGGACGCAUUUCAUUGUACCAUGUACACAUGACACUGCUUCUCUUGACUUAAAAACACUCUUGAGUGAUUUCACUUUAGGGUUACAACUAAUGAUUAUUUUGGUAGUCGACUAAUCGUUCAAAUUUUUGUCAAUUAGUCACGAUUAUUUCAUG